AUGGGAGGAAGAUCAGGCCGACUCGAUCGAUUUAGGGACUGGAGACUCGACGUUGAUAACAUGACGUACGAGCAACUGGUUGAGCUUGGAGAUAGAAUUGGGUAUGUGAAUACUGGAUUGAGAGAACAUGAGAUACUCUCCUGGCUAAGGAAAACCAAGAUGAGAAUCAUGAAAUACCGUUUGCCGCCACCCACAACGAUGACCGAAACGGAAAGGAAGUGCAGCAUUUGUCAGGAGGAAUAUGAAGAAGAUGAUAAAAUGGGGAAGCUGGAUUGUGGGCACUUGUACCACAUUGAAUGCAUAAAGCGGUGGCUCAAGAACAAAAAUAUUUGCCCCAUCUGUAAAACUCAAGCUGUGCCUAAAUAG